AUUAUUAUGUCAGACAUGUAUUCUAUAUGUUAUGUUAUGGUUUAUGCUAAUGUUUAAAACUUUUUUUAAUUGUGGGAUUUUGUCGAGCUCGCAGUCGUGAUUGUGUUUAGAUUCUUCGUUUUAACUUUGUUUAGUUUCGCGCUUUAUUCAUUAGGUACAUGUACAAGAAAAGUGUUUCCGCACACACAAAACAUUUUCACAUAAAAUGACUGCUGAUACAGUUGUGAGUGCGCGAUGGGACCGAGAAAUUCAUAAAACAAUAAUAACGCCCGGCGAUUAUUCAAUUGUUCCAUACGAAGAUUCCCGGUGUAAACUAUCUCUAAGCAAAAUACAGUGCAAAAACGAUAGUGGAACAUGUGAAAUAGAACCUGAAAGUACAAUAUUUAGUCCCUCAUUUAACGGCACUGUUGUAAUAGGUGAUUUGGAUAACUUCCUAGACAAAGAUGUGGAAUUAAUUCUACAACGAAUGUGUUGCGGUGAAUCUUGUAUGGCUACCAUAGUAUAUAAAAAUAAUAACAAUGAACUUGUAAAGGAGAUAUCAUUUGAAAUCCAUUUAACAGAAGUUACAGAAGAACAAUUAAUAAGUGAAUGGAGUUGGAACAGAUUGUAUGAGGCAUCUAUUCAUCAUAAGGAAAGGGGAGUGCUGUUGGUAAAGGAGAAGAGAUUAGUUGAUGCUUUUAGACGGUUUAACAAAGCUCUUAAAAUGUUAGUGGCAAUUGAACCAAUAGAUCCAGAUGUCAUCGCUGGAGAACAAGUAAAAGAAAUGAUUGAUUUGAGGGUUAAACUGUAUAACAACCUGGCUCAUUGUCAGCUUCAGUUUAAUGAAUAUGAAGCAGCUAUAGAGCUAUGCAACCUAGCUCUAAAGAACGAUCCAGAAAAUAUAAAAUCACUUUACCGCCGGUGCAUAUCACUUGCAGGUUUAAAAAUGUAUGAUGAAGCAUGGACAGACAUACAGCAUGUGUUACAAUUAGAUCCAAAUGAUAAGGCUGCUAAAUUGAAAGCUACAGAAUUAAAACCUAUGAUAGAAAAGCUCAAUGAGGAUUACACUAAUGUUAUAAAAAAAAUGUUUAUACAUAGUUAAAUGGAAAUUAAUUUAAAAAAUUAUAUAAAUAACAAUAAUGCACAUUUUGUAUUAGUAAUAAUGUAUAUAAUAUAAGUACAGUGUAUAUUCCAUGAAAUGUCCCUUGAUUUAAUGACAAACCCCCUAAAGCUGGUGCAUCAAAAGAAGUCGGACGAAGAUAACAGUCUAUAUGCAAUAGCGUUCAAAUAAGAAUUGUUUUUUAUUUAAUUACUACCAAAGAAUUUUUUUUCUUUCCAUAUACUCUUUGAAACACCAAAAUAUGCACAGAACCCUGAGUGUUGUUAUUAGACUGUAUCUGUAAUCUGUAUUCUAUGUAUGCAGUAUGCUGUACUACGUAAUUAAACAAAAUCUGUAAUUUCCAUUUUAAAGAACACGUAUUUUAUUGAUUAAUAAAAUAUGAUAAGUACUUGUAAUAUUAUUUGCUUAUUAAUAUAAAAUAUAAAAGAAUUUGUUUAUAGUUUAAUAAGUGAUAAAAAUGUAUUCUUAGUAGGUAUAUGUAUUUGAUAACAGUAUUUUCUAUAUGUUUACACCAACCUCAGUAGGUUUUAAAAGAAAUCAAUAAGAAUACAAUAUCAUCCUAGGAGAAUCCAAUAUCAAUAAUAGAGUAUCAUUUUUUUUUAAUGAUUUUAUCUGUUAGAAAGUAUUCUUAAUUAUUUUGCGUGCGUUAUCUUAGUUCUACGUGAGCACGCAUCUACGUAUAUUGCGAAUUGUUUUUAAUGCUUUCCAAUAAUGGCAAGUAACUUUCUUAUAGCAUGUAUUUACGUAUUAAUUUAUUGAAGUAAAAAUACAUGUCCAUUUUGUUAUAACAAAUCUAAAUUUGAGAUUUUAAAUAAAUAUUUGUGCCCCA